CUGUGGCCAGUAGAUGGCGGUAUUGCACAACAACAGAAGAAGAGGCGGUAGCAGCUAUGCUAACGGAGCUAACAUGUCAGCGGCGUGUGUUCCGGUAGAUGACCGCUCAGAGUGUGAGUGAGAGCGGCUCUGACGGCGGAGCCAUGCCGUGGAGGUGCUGUGUCCCCGGCUGCAGAAGCUACGAUGAGGCCAAAUCUAUGGGCGUCGUGUUCCACGGUUUACCGACCAGAGACCCGCCGCGCUGCAGGACGUGGCUGGCCGCCAUCAGGAGCCCCCGGUACGACCAGCACACCCCGGUGUCCCGGUACAGCGGCGUCCGGGUGUGCAGCCUGCACUUCACACCGGAGGACUACGAGGAGGACUUCCGGGCGAAGAUACUCAACAUCCCGCCCAAACCCGCGCUAAAGAGCGGGGCUGUGCCCUCAGUGUUCCCCGGGAGAGAGCGGCGAGAGCCCGGCGAACCUCAGCCGCGGUCCCCGGCCCCAAAGAGAAGGAGAGCCGGGGCUCAG